UAAAACCGACAUAGCAACCAUUGUUUUAGGGCCAUCCAAUCAUUCCAGUUCAGUGCGCGAAAAGCAGGAAGCUUUUGCUCUUCCCAAAAAUAGGGCGCGAAAAAUAGAAAGAUGGCAAUUUCGUGCUUGAAGAACUCCAACUCCAACUCCGCCGAGAACACGUUCCUCUACACGCCGUGCCACUGUCCGGCGGAAAAGCUACUGCGCCAGCAGCAGGUCCGCUGUGAGAAGCCUCGCAUGCCCCACCGGGUGUCGCGAAGAACGCAAUACCUGGCCAAACCACGCAAUGCUCGCGGCAGGUACGAAAUAAGGGCCGUGAACCGUAGCACCAAGCAGACGGAGCUGUGUCGCUCGUACAAGGAACCGUACGCCUCGAAACGCAUCCAGCAGCUGGCAUUGCCGCACGUGCGGAAGCUGGUGGCCGCUCAGCAGGAGUACCGUCGCUUUAUCGCCCGCCGCCAGCAGGACCAGCUCGAGAAGCGCAUCAAGAAGAGCAUCUUUACCGUGUACAGUCGGCUGGCGAACGUGCAGCUGCCGGCGGUCGACAAGCUGAAGGGCAUGUCAGCGGACGAGUGGCAAAAGCAUCAGGACUGGCUGGUACGCAACGCCCAACCGAAGCAGGCUCCCGCGCCCGAACCACCGAAGCGCGAGCGGAAACCGUUGGCCGCCUUGAUCGGGCGUAUCGAUAGCUUGUCGGAACCACGGUUCGCUCGCAAGAAGUUUGCCGGUCAGGAAAAGCCUGGACCGGCCGCCAAACCGGGCGCUCUGAGAGCGAUGGCAUCCGAUCACGUGACCAAGCUUGCGGAACCGCUCGAGCGCCGCAAGCGAGCGAAGGGUGUUCCCGUGGAGGAUACACGGUUGCCGGAAAACGUGCUUAAAGCGGUUGCCUCGAGUCGAGUGGCAGAGUUAGCCGUUGCAAAGUCGUAUCGGAAUGUGAACAACGAGUACCGCGAUAAACCGUUCACGGUGGAACCGAAUGCGCUGAAGGCGAAGCCGAGCGACCGCAUCCUGGAGCUGGCGAAACCGAAGAAGGUGAAAAAGUAGGGAUUUUCUGGCUCCUUCCAGUACUGUUUCAAAAGUUUAACAUUCGAACAAGCAAAAUAGGCAAAAUUAUUUAUUGUGAAGCAAAAUUUGACGGCACAUGAGGGCAUCGUUCUUACGUUUCUAACAGAAAUGAAGCAAUAAGAGUUGUUGAGAAGUUGCUUUACCAACCGGUA